GUAUGUGGCCAUCUGCCACCCUCUGCACUAUACCACCAUCAUGAGUCAGAACCUCUGUGUCCUUUUAGUAGUAAUGUCCUGGGUUUUAUCCUCUGCCAAUGCCCUUGUGCACACCCUUCUCUUGGCUCGCCUAUCUCAUUUUAGAAAUAAUACCAUUCCCCACUACUUCUGUGAACCCUCUGCUUUAUUGAGCCUGUCGAGCUCAGACACCACCAUCAAUGAGAUGGUCAUCCUUCCUUUAGGUACACUAGUCAUUACCCUGCCAUUUAUAUGCAUCCUGGUCUCUUAUGGCCGAAUUGGAGUCACCAUUCUGAGAACUCCAUCCAUCAAGGGAAUCUGCAAAGCCUUGUCCACAUGUGGUUCUCACCUCUCUGUUGUUUGUCUGUACUAUGGGGCUAUUAUUGGGCUUUACCUAGUCCCCUCAUCUAAUAACACCAAUGACAAGGAUGUCAUUGUGGCUGUGAUAUAUAGUCUGGUCACACCCAUGGUGAAUCCCUUUAUCUAUAGUCUGAGGAAUCGGGAUAUAAAAGGAGCAUUGAGAAAUAUCCUCAACAGGAGACUGUGUCCACAGUGGUAA